AUGUUACUUCCACAUUGUCGGUGUUUUUUGGAGCCCAAGUGCCCACCAGGACCACCAGGACCUGAGGGAGAGCAAGGACCUGACGGAAUUGAUGGAAUUCCUGGAGAGCACGGUUUUGACGGUUUUGACAGUAAGAACGUGCCACGAUACAGUGUCCUGCAAGGAUGUGUUCAGUGUCCUCGUGGCCCUCCUGGAGAAGUCGGAAAGCCGGGACCAAUGGGCGUGCGUGGUAUACGUGGCAUGAAAGGUUUGCCCGGUAUUCCUGGACGAGAUGGAAGCCCAGGAACACCCGGUGAUCAGGGACCUCCAGGACCACCAGGGCCUGACGGAAAACAGGGAAGAUCGGGAAGGAGAGGAAAUGAUGGAGAACAACCAGUCAGCCGAAAAGUAGAAUGA